AUGAAUGCGCCGAGGUUCGCGGGAGCAGAGUGCAGUGGACGGACGGAGAGCGGCGCUCAGUGGUGCAGCGGAGGUGGGGAACGGAGCAGCCUCCGCCGCAGCCAUAGACCUCAGCCCUCACUCUCCCUCUCCGCUCCAGUCCUCGCCCAAACCCGACGCCAGACUCGUGUCCUUCGCUCGCCCCUCUCCGGCCUGCCUCCGGUCUCCAGCCUUCAGUGCGAAUCGCUUCGUGGCAGGCAAGAUACGUCGGAGUCAGGCCAUGUUCUCAUUCUCCUAUAUUACAAGCUUGUAUUUUAUAUGAAGUUCACGACGGGGAAGCCGGAGUUCACGUUUCCUUGA